UAAAGAACAGUUUUGUGUUGAUGUGUCUCUAGCUCUAGCUCUAGCAUUAAGAAGCGCUGAAGCAGUGUGCCCUGCGCGCGCUCGUGUUGAAGUGACAGUAGGGCGACCAGAGCUGUGGACAUCAUGUCAAAGUUUGCCGAUAAUUUCUGGAGCACAGAGUUCUGCAGCACUCAGGGGUAUGAUACACUUGUUAAGCGCCUCAAAGAUGGCAAGCGGAUGUGCCAAGACUUUGAGGAGUAUCUCGAGAAGAGAGCCAAGAUUGAGAGAGACUAUGGAGAGAGUUUGAUCAAACUGUCUCGAACCACCUCAGGAAAAGAGGAGAUCGGGUCACUACGCAAGUCAUGGGACACACUUCGAUCAGACACUGACACGAUUGGUCAGCUUCACGUUGGACUAGCUCAGACUAUACUGGAGCAGGUCCACCACACUCUCAAGGAGUUCCGGGAACAGCAGAGGGACAUACGCAAGAAGAGUGAGGAUACUGUGAAGAGAGCUGCUCAACACAAGAAGAAAUGUUACGAUAAGAACAACACACUCAAGAACACGUAUGACAGUCGCUGCAAGGAAGCUGACAAAAUGGAGGAGAACAGUAACAAAUUACAUGCCAAUCCUCAGACAAAGCCCAACACCCUCACUCAGGCUGCUCGUAGAAUGGAGACGUCACGUCAGUCUGCCAAUAAUGCUGACACCACUUAUCAGGAGAGUGUGCGUAACCUUGAGGAGUCACGUCAGCUCUGGGAGAGGGAGAUGGAGAUACUGUGCAAGCAAUUCCAAGAGCUUGAGGAGCAGCGUAUUGCGUACCUGCGUCACCAGAUGUGGACCUACACGAACCUCCUGUCAAAAUGCACCGUCGACAUUGACACUUCAUGUGAGAGCACUCGCAAGAGUCUGGAGGAAUGUGACGUGGAUGCUGAUAUUGAUUUGUUUGUCAGUGGCAAGGCCGUUGGUUCAGGACGCCCUCAAGCAGUGCAAUACAUCAACUACUACAAUCCCGAUACUGGCCCCUCUGUGGUGUCAGGCGUAGGCACUCGUACUGGAGUGGGUGUGUCCCUGUCAAGCUCACACAUCCCACCCCCUCCACAGAAGGCACUCCCGCCCACACCUAUUGAUGCUAUUAGUCGAGGUCAAGCUGUAGCGCCUGAUGCUCCUGAUGUGUACUCCACCAUUGGGGAAACCAUGAACCAACCAUACGCCCCUGAAAGUGAUUACUACUCUGCUCCUAAGCAACACGACACGGUGGUAGCCGUGUAUGCGUACGAAGCACAGGGCAGUGAGGAGCUGGAGUUAGUCGAAGGGGACGUAAUUACCCUCAUAUCUCGAGAAGAUGAUGUCUGGUGGUGUGGUCAACUCAGUGACGGGAGGAAGGGGAUGUUCCCCUCAGCUUAUGUGCAAGGUCUCGAGGGAGAUGACCCCUAGGAACAUACGACCCUAUAUCACAUGACUUGUGUUUGUGUCACAUGACUUUUAGUAUUAUUAUUAUUAGCCACUAGAGUUUUAUUGUAGUGAUCAUUACAUUAAUUGUAGGUUUUUUUGUAUUAGUUUCAGCGUACGUGUACAUGUGUUGCCAUGACAAUUGUGUGUGCUUGUGAA